CUUGUCUCUGAGUGGACAGCAGGAGCAGUCGCCGCUAGGCCAGCCUCAGCACCUCGCCAGCUCUCGUGCUCUCUCUCACUCUUCUCUCCCCUCGCUCUCCCUCUCCCUCUCGCCCGCUCCCUCUCUCUCCUACAUCUACCCGCGAGCGAGCGAGAGCCGCGAUUCCGAAGGUGCGUCUCAAAUCGACUUGCAGUCAGCCCGAGGACAGAACUAACAGAAACUUUUAAUUUAUUUUUUUUUACAAACCUGCAAGCUGCAAAAAGCAUAUGGACUAAAUUUUCAACUUUCAGAAAAGAAAAACAAAUUAAGAAAAAAAAAAAACUCCCACCUGCAGCAGUAAACAAGAUUUAUUCUCCUUCAGUAUACGAAUAUUCUAUUUCAUUUCCUCUGAAUUUCUGGCAUCAGCAAUAUACAUUUUUCUUUCCUUUCAUAGAUUAAAUUUUUGGACAGUUAAGCCCUUGAGAGGGUAAAAAGGUACAGAAGAGACUUGGUGGGAAAAGCCAACUGAUAGAUCAAGAAGUAUUGAUUAUCCUUCACUAGAAGUUAGCGAAAGGUUCAAGGGGAGGGAAAUCCUCUGCAGCAGCAGCCAAUAAGAGUACUUAACAGUCUCCCCAUGUGAAGGUUUGCCAACCCUGAAUUCGCGAGGCUCUCAACCAUGCUCCUGGUGUUUGUGUUUGUGCUGCUGCCGCUGCUAGGGAGCUCACGGGGUGGAGGAUACCAACCUGUGCCUCAGAUGAAGUACAUGCAACCCAUGAUGAAGGGGCCAAUUGGUCCUCCUUUCCGGGAAGGAAAGGGUCAGUAUCUAGAUGUUCCACCCAUGGUAGAGGUGAAAGGAGAGCCUGGCCCACAAGGUAAACCCGGUCCUCGAGGGCCACCGGGUCCCCCAGGACUUCCAGGGAAGCCAGGCAUUGGUAAACCAGGGCUGAAUGGUCAGCCUGGCCCCCAGGGCCCUCCCGGAUUCUCUGUAAUUGGGAAGCCAGGCCUUCCAGGCCUUCCAGGAAAGCAGGGGCCAAAGGGCAUAUCUGGAGACAAGGGUGAACAUGGCUUACAAGGGGAGCCUGGCCCAAGGGGGUUACAGGGGCAACCGGGCCUUCCUGGUCCAGCAGGCCUGUCGCUGAAUGGUAAACCAGGCCUCCCGGGCACUAGGGGCCCCCCAGGUUCCAGGGGAGAACCGGGACCAAAAGGGGUGCCAGGUGCUCCUGGAGAGCGUGGGCUGAAGGGAGAGAAUGGGAAUGGAAUUCCAGGACCUCCUGGACCGAGGGGACCUAAUGGCUUGAGAGGAGCUACAGGCCCUCCUGGUAUCCCUGGCGUGGGGAAACCAGGACUAAAUGGGGUACCUGGGCCAGUCGGAACAAAAGGUGAGCAAGGACUUCCCGGAGACCAAGGACAACCAGGAGAACCAGGCCCCCCCGGACUACAAGGUCAACCAGGACCAAUGGGAGUAGGAAAACCUGGGGUAGAUGGCCUGCCUGGAGUGCCAGGCUCCACUGGACCAAAAGGAGAGCCAGGGUUGAGAGGAGCACCCGGAUUUCCAGGGGCCCCUGGCUAUGGAAAACCAGGUUUAGCUGGACAGAAGGGUGACCGUGGACCUUCUGGGUUACCAGGAGCCCCCGGGGAGAAAGGGGAGCCUGGGAUGGAUGGACAACCAGGAGAGAUUGGCUUAAAUGGACAGCCGGGACCCCCAGGAAUUCAGGGCCCUAUGGGUCUCCCAGGUAAGCAUGGGAUGCCAGGUUUGAAAGGAGAAGCUGGCCCUGUGGGGCCCCCUGGAGUACCAGGGAUUAGGGGAGAUCAGGGUCCCAGUGGACUCACAGGAAAGGCGGGUGUCCCAGGAGAAAGGGGUUUGCCUGGUCCCAGCGGAGCAAUAGGGAAGCCAGGUCCUAAAGGAGAACCAGGACAUGUAGGUCUGCCUGGGAACCCAGGACUAACAGGUGUACCAGGACAAAAGGGGGAACCAGGUAUCCUAGGGCCACCAGGGCCUCGAGGGCAGUCAGGAAUUCCAGGUCUCCAGGGCCCCUCAGGGCCUAUGGGACCACAGGGCAUUCCAGGGUUAAAGGGAGAACCUGGUGUGCCGGGACCCCCAGGAGUGGGCUUGAAGGGGAACCAAGGAGUCCCUGGGCCACAGGGUCCACCUGGGAAACCAGGACCUGCUGGGUUGAAUGGUGUCCCAGGGCCCCCAGGUCCACCAGGUCCACCUGGAUUACCAGGAGCCAUCAUCAAUGGAGAAACGCAGGUCGCUGGGCUUCAUGGGACUGACAUCGGUGGGGAUACAGUUCCAGAAGGCAAGAAUGGGAGCCCCCAAUUUGGACGUGGCGUGCUCUCUGCUACAGUGGCUCCAGCCUUCACCGCAAUCCUGACCACGCCUUUCCCACCCUCUGGCAUGCCCAUAAAGUUCGACAGGACCCUCCACAAUGGGCAGAAUGCUUAUAACCCUGCCACAGGCAUCUUCACCAGCCCACUCCCUGGUGUCUACUACUUCUCCUACCAUGUGCAUGUAAAGGGGACCAGCCUCUGGGUGGCACUGUACAAGAACAAUGUGCCUGCCACAUAUACCUACGACGAGUACAAGAAAGGGUACAUGGACCAGGCGUCAGGCAGCGCUGUGCUGGAGCUCAAAGAGAAUGACCAGGUGUGGGUCCAGAUGCCCUCCGACCAGGCUAACGGGCUCUACUCUACCGAGUACAUCCACUCCUCUUUCUCAGGAUUCCUGCUGUGCCCCACAUAACGCCACCCUCCCAGCCCUGCUUCCAGUGCCGCAACCAUCAGCCAUAAAACACCCACAGCGUAAAGUGACUUUUAUGAAUGAAAGAAAGAAAACAAUUCAGAGCAGGGGAGGAAUUCUUCAUACCGAGUCCAUUAUUCUCUCCCUUUUUCAGUGUUGGCUUUGACUUUUGUUUUCCAGCAUUGGUUUUGUUUUCUAGCUUGUAUUAUUAUUAUUAUUGUUAUAAUUAUUGGUUUUUGCUGUUGUUCUUUUUUUUGGACAACAUUGAUAUUUUUGUUGCUUUAGGUAAAUCCAGCUGAAUCAGACAACUGAGGACCUUGUUUUGCGAUAUGCAUGUGACCGCUCGCAGAUGUACCCAUGUGACUGCACAUCGCCUGACCUUUGACUCCUUUAGAACCAUAUGAUCACAACUUGAGGGCUAAAAAAAAAAUAAAUAACAGCAAUACAUUUUAUUAACUGCAGUCAAAAACAUUUGACCAACCCAGUGUCUCUGUCCUCCAUCUGUACAUUAUAAUUUCGUGUAUGUUACAAAUUUGCACACAUAAAUACAAUUAACAUUAGAAAAACAGACCCAGUCUUUACACCAUUGUGUUUUUUUCAGUAUAUUAUAUGCAUUUUUGGUCAUUCCAAGAUUGCAUUCUGGGAUAGGUCUUGAUUACAAAUACACAUUUGGGAUGUAUUUAUAAGGUAUUUAAAGGCCGUUGGCCUGAUGUCACAGUAACUAGUCUGACAAUGCUGGACGCUGAAAGUUGUGAUUACUGUAUAGUACUUGACUUCAAUGCUUUUUUCAUCAUCGCAAGUAUAAAGGCAGCAGAACUCACCACAGUACCAUUGUAUGCAAUGUAACCCAGCCUAAUUUUUUGAAGUCACAAAUGACAUUUAGAUGCUACAUUGCAAGCAAUACUUUAAUAAAUGCAUACAUGAACCAGUAAAUAUGGAUUAUCUAAUGGGUUGAUCAUAUUUAUUCUGAUUAGUGACCUUCUUUCCCACCAUUGUUCUGAUUUUUCUUUUAAGUAUUAUUUUUUUUUGUACUGUAAAGCGCAUUCCUUUCUGACCCAUGUACUGUAAGUCUGGACAGAUAAAUCAUUAUUUAUUGCCUUUUUUAAAAAAAAAAAAAAUUUAAGAUCCGUUGCUGCCUUCCCAAUCAUUCAGGCAAUGGGAACAUGUUGGGUACCUACAAAGUCACUUGUCAUUACAACAACUUCCUGUUUGCAGAAGACACACCAUCCAUUGGCUAUUUUGACAACAACCUUAACCUCAAUCUUAACGGUAUUUCUUCUGAAAUAUUAUAGCUGAGCACUGCCUGUGAACGCAGUAGCUGUGUGCACAGAUUUCUCAGCCCAUCUGAUUGCUGUCUUCGGUGUCUUGAACCAUGAGCCCAGUUCUGGAGCAGGUCAGACUUUCAAGAGAUAAUGCCAAGAUGGAAUGCAAGGUACACAGCAGGUUCUGCCCAUGUCACACUUGUGAAGCCUGGGUCCUAAUGUAGUGUAACUCAGAUUUGCUCUGCAGCAAGACGCAGGCAGCCCUGCGCCUGCUUCUUGUUUGUGUCUUGCAUCUGGGUUCGGGUUCGAUCCUGCGUCUGUCAGCAAAGUGGAUUUGGACAAACCCUGGACUCUCUGUAAUGGGUCUAUUGUGUUAGAGCGGACCUAUCGUUGUUCUGCAAAAUACUGAGGACAUAUUUAAUGAGUCCAUUAUGCGUCAGUCUAGAAAAAUAAUCAUAAUUGUACUAUUUAGGGUUGGGAUCGUAGUUAACCAACCCGUAACACUUAACUGACCCAAGAAUCUUAAUUAAUUAGAAGCACCUAAAUAAAAACAUAUGUGUGUGUUUCAGGGUAGUUACCCUUAAAGGAAAAUUUACAACCAAUGAACAGAAACGGAGAUCCCCAGGCAGCCCAGAAGCAUUGCACUGAACCUGAAUUGCCCGUGUUCCCCUUCACCGCGGUCAAGUAACUACAGGAAUUAGGAAAGGUCAUUGGAGAGUCCCUCAGGAAGCUAAUGUUCCAUUUUCAGUCCAUUUGCAACAGGGAAGCUGAGCAGAUCUUGAGAUGCUCGUUAGAUGGACCGUACAUCAGGAUACCCUUCACAUCAACAUGACCGUUUGGCAAACCCCAAGCAUGGAUGAUCUGAUCCAAGAGGUUCCUUAGCCUGGAGUAAGGAGUACAGAACAAAACUGUGCAGAGGGAUUUUAAGCAAGAAAAGGGUGGAGUGGCAGAGUGAGGUAAAUAAGGGAGGUGUCUACUAUAAACUUCAUGGCACAAAAUUGCUAGAAUAAGAGGAAGUCAUGAGCACAGGUAAACACCACGUUAAAACACGGGACGUGGAAUUGUAGCUGAGCUGAGCAAAUGUGGAGAGGAACAUUUGGGAUAGCAGAGGAUUGAUCGCCUCCUCUCCCCAGACCUACCCCGAUUUCUCCUUCAUUCGAUACCCUCACACGUCUUCCGGGUUGUGUCCUCUUUCCUUCGCAUGGUCGUUGGUCUUAUACUGUGUGACCUUCACGCAAACCAGCACUUACCGAAUCCUGUAAGGUUGCAAAAAUAGGGAAGAAGAAGAAAAAAAAAGAUCUGGCAGCUACAUCUUACAGCAUGAAUUAUCAAAGCAAGAAGAACCGGACUGCGGUUCUCUGAUUAGUCUGAACCAGCUCUUCCAUUCAGAUGAGUGGAAGUCAUGAGGAACAGCUGUUUUACUAAAAGAUGUAAACUUUUUGAAAAUGAUGGUGAUGAUAAUAAUGAUAUAAAAAUGCUCAGUAUUAGGUGCAUGUGUUACAAACCCCAGUGACCUUCCCUGCCAGAGCCUCUCCUGCCACCUGACACCUGUUUCCAGGAGUCCCUCCAAAAGGGAAGCUGGCUGUAGAAGCUCCUUGAAGAAUCUUGUUUGCUAUUGCUGUUUUUAGUCUGUGAUUCUUUUUUAGAACAUUUCAUAACUUUCACUGUAAAUGAGGAGCCGAUCCAUAUCUGGAUUCACCUUUAACUCACUUGUACGAGUUAUUAAAGUGUCAUUUUUAUUAUAGCCAUGUCACUGCGCUUCCUGCUUAGUAUCGGCUGUAUCCCGAACCUUCCUCUUGUCGAUAUGAAUGUGCGUUUUGCCUCGGAGAUCGUUCCGCUCGUAACAAUAGGCUGGUUAGGGUCACGAACUUCUACACUCACAAAACACCUCAAGGAAAAGACCGUUCGAAGGUGCAUCUUGCUCAUGAAUGAACUGUAGACGAAGGCCCUUGUAGCCAACCUGCGGAAAUAGCAGCGCUGGAUCGCGCCUGCAUUAUCAUAUCUGCAGGCUGGGUUAUUUCAGGAUGACCUUCACCAUUCGCACACUUGUUUAUGGGCAGGCUAAAAACGGUCUGCCAGCUCACCUCAAGAGAAGAGGAUUUUUUAUUUUUUUUUGGUGCAAGGAAAGAACAUUCUAGAAAAGUUCUGCUAUACUUUGGAAGGACCCGUUA